ACCUUCACCACCCCUCCGCGCCGCUCGGCCAGCACGCGCCUUGCAUGGUGCUCGAGUUCAGCGAUGCCAGCGGCGCCGGCAUCGAUGCGCUGCCCGUGCUCGUGCCGCCGCUGCGCUUCUCCGCCGUGGCUCUCUCGCUGGCAGCAUCGGCGAGCACCACGCAGCCAGCGACACCCGGCGAGCUGCCCGCCUCGCUGGCACAGGCCCUCUACCGCGGCUCGCACCCCAAGCCGCGCAACGUGCGCUUCCUCGCCCGCCUGCGCCUCCGCUCCAUCCUCUCCCUCACGCCAAAGGCCCUCAACGCCGCAGAGCCGCAAGUCGCCGAGUGGGCGGCGCAGCGCGGCGUGCAGACCGAGUGGUUCAAGUGCGAGAAGCCAAAGGACGAGGCCGGCGGCCUGAGCAAGGAGGCGGCUGCCAAGGCGCUGCUGCACGUCCUCGAUACGCGCAAUCUGCCCUGCUACGUGCACUGCCUCGAUGCGCUCAGCGUCACGUCGCUGCUGACGGCGCUGCUGCGGCGCGUGCAAGGCUGGUCGCAGGCCUCGCUGCUUGCCGAGCUGUCCCUCAAUCUGGCCGCCGGCAAUCCGGGCGGCGCAGACGAGGAGCUGCUGGCGUACCAGGGCAACUUUGUCGCCAAGUGGGCGGGCGGAUCGGACGGCGUGCGCCUGCCGCCGCGCCGCUUCAUUCCCAACUGGUGCUGGCCGGCGCCAUACGUGCUCGCUCGCCUGCGCGAUCCCUAUGAUGUGCUGGCACCGCCGUCGCCGACGCCGCUGCGGGACAAGGCGGCAGAUCGGCCAUCGACCAGCUCGGGCGCCGUGGCUGGCAACGGCCACGCCCGGCAAGGCAGCUCCGAUACCUCGCUUGCCGUGCCGCCGGCGAGACCCACGACAGCGCCUGCCAACUACGGCGUGGGUGCUCUGCCUGUCACGCACCCGACGAUGAAGCUGCGCUUCGAUUCCGACCCGGACCUGCCGCCGCCGCCACGUAUCACCUCCCCGCAGCCCGUGGCGCCUGUCGCGCGGCAUCCGGCACGCGAUAGCUCGCAAGCGCGUGAAGGGCGCGGCCUUGCCUCGCCCGCCAGUCCAGGUGGCAGCCGACCGCACAGUCGGGCGGGCAGAGCGCCGCCGUCGUACUCUGGCAGCUCCACGAGCGAGGGCCGCACGCCUUCGCGUCCACCAAGUCCGAGGCGGCGCACUCUGGGUGCUGGCAGUAGCGAGGCAGGCGAGCCGAGCUCGCCACCAAUAGCGUCGCCCUAUGCACAGCACACGUUGCAUCGCACCUCUUCGCGGCCCCAUGCGCCCUCGCAUCUGUCGUACAGCUCAAGCGCGCCUUCGCCGCCCAGCUCGCCGAGUCUGCGCAACAUCAGUCUGGCGCAGAAGCUACAGCAGCAGGAGCGCAGCUCGCUCGUGGCGUCAAGCGAUGACGAUGUCGAGACGCCAAGAAGAGGACAGUCGGUACUCGAUGCAGGGCGAGGCUCGUCUCAAGGCCAAGACAAUACUCCUCGCGCCUCCAUCACGCCUACGGACUCGUCCUCGCCCGCCCCGACGCUUGUGCGCUCCCAUACGCGCAGCCUCAUCGGCGGACAGGAGGAGCGUGCUGAUGUGGGCGCCUCGCUCGGCCGCAUGGCGCAGAGCAGUCCGACGCCUCCGUCACGCCUCAAGCACCUGGCUGCUGCUGCUCCGGCACAGAGCGGGGCGAUUGCUGUCGCCGGCGCACGUGGUGCAGCAGCAUCAGGCGGCGCAGAGCAGCAUGUGUUGCCUGAGCGCACCUUCUCUACGAGCCCCGAGGACUCGACGCCCGUGCCGCAUGCCUUGCGCGCAGACAGCGACGACGAGGAAGAGCAGCUUGGCCUAGGCCUGCAGAUGCCUACUGGCGUGCGCGGCACCGCACAUGUGCCGCGCUCGACAUCAGCAGAGAGCGUCGCAUCGGGGUCGAAUCAGCAGGCAGAAGGCCAGACGCGUGAUGCUCACGAGGACGACACCACGAGCGAGUCGCACGCCGAAGAGGCGGAGUCAGAAGAGGAGACGGAGGAGGAGGAGGAAGAGGAAGAAGAGGAGGAAGAAGAGGAAGAGGAAGAGGAGGAUGAGGACGACGAGCAGGACGCUGACGAGGCGCGGGCGCUCGAGGCCCUCGAUCUCGACGGCUGGUGAAGGGCAGCGAGACGCAAAUGGACCCGUCACCCGCACGCUCGGAACAGCUUGAGAUGAGCAUUGCACCGGGACAAAGUAUAUGUCG